UUGAACAAUGGUGCCUCCAGAAGAAAUCGUUUCUGCUGGUAAUCCUGACAUUGAAGGUGAGAAUAUACUUCAUUAUCUCUGCCGUGAAGGCGAUAUUACUGAUUUGAUGGCGUUCAACAAUGUCAUCAGUGAUGGCAAUCGACAUCUGGUGCGGCAAUACAACCGAUAUGGAAAACAGUGUGUCCACAUUGUCUCCAACCCAGGCAUUGCUGACCCUCAAGAAAAACUGAAACUUCUGAUGGAGUGGGGUGCUGACAUCAAUGGCCAAGAGCGAGUCUUCGGUAAUACACCACUGCAUAUUGCGGCUUAUACACAAGACCAUAAGCUUGCAAGCUGGCUGUGCAAUCGACCCGGAAUAAACACGGGACUUUACAAUUAUUCAUUCAAGACGCCGUAUUAUGUCGCGUGCGAGCGUAAUGAUAAAAAGAUGAUAAAUAUAUUGCGUGCGAAAGGAGCAAGAGGUGGAGUCUACAGGUGCAGAGAUUCUUGGUUAUUUACCAAAAAAUACUAA